AACAAACUAACAUAAUUCCUACAAUGAUUAACAUAUAUUUUAAUACUAUCAGAACCAAUCAAUCCCAUAUACAAUGGCUAUCACCGGCUCCUCAGCUGCAGAUGAGCUCGGAGAUACCACUGAGGCUUCUCUUAAUAACCGAGGAAAUAACACUGGUGGAUGGAGAUCCGCGAGGCUCAUCAUCGGUGUGGAGAUGGCGGAGCGAUUCGCUUACUUCGGGAUAUCGUCAAACCUAAUAAUGUACUUGACCGGACCAUUAGGUGAGUCAACAGCUACAGCCGCAGCAAAUGUUAAUGCUUGGAUUGGAACCGUUUCGUUUAUGCCGCUACUCGGAGGUUUUAUAUGUAAGAGAUAAUGUGGGCCGAGACACAGCCCAAACCCAACAAGAUAAUCUCAGCCUUAGUCAACAGAAGAUGACAAAGUCUUCAUCGACAAUACAACCCUGCAAAACAGAGGAACAUAACUGCAGGUUGCAAACAGCGGACCAGACAGAACAGACCUGCUCAACAGAGGAUCAGACCUGCAAAUCAGAGGAACGGUAACAAAUUCAAAAGCUCAUCAAUCCCUAUCAAUACAGCUGGAAGUUAAGGAAAGUCUCCCAAAAAGUCUAGAUUGUUCUAUAACUUUUGUAUAUAAAUAGUAUUGUAAAACCCUACUAAAAGAUUAAUAAGAAAAGUAUCU